AUGUUGACCCUGCAGCUCCCCCCUCGGGACAGCAGUGUCGAUUUCACCCCCCAUGGAUAUGAAAUCAUAGCGUUCGUUGGGCGAGGUCAAUUUGGAGUUGCGUACAAAGUGCGUCGACUGUUGGAUUCGAGCGAGUGGCUUGCGAAGCAAAUUGACUUAAGUUGUCUCGAUGAAAGAGACAGAAAGCUCAGCCUCCAGGAAGCAGAGCUAAUGAAGCGCUUGCGGCACCCUUUUGUUGUUCGUUGCGUUGAGUCAUUCGUGAUCUUGAACACAUUCUUAGUAAUUGUAAUGGAGUACUGCUCAGGAGGAGACCUCACGUCCUUUCUUGACAAGAGACGGGGACCCCCUAGAUUGCGGGGGGGCCCACCGUCGGGGGCCUCGCAGCGCAGCGCUGUGGGGAGAGGAGACACUGUAGCAGCAGCGAGGGCAGCGGCAACGAUAACAGCAGGUGCAGCACCAACAGCAGCACUAACAUCAGCAGAGGAUGGCGCAGAGCUGCUAGAGGAGCAGCAGAUCUUAGAGUGGCUGCUGCAGCUGCUGCGGGGCCUGGAGUACGUACACUCGCAGCGAGUGUUGCAUCGAGACCUCAAGCCCAGCAACAUUUUGCUGUCUCCUGUGUUCUGUGAGGAGGCAGUGGAGACAGAUGGCUAUACUGCUACGAACAGCAGCAGCAGUAGCAGCAGUAGUAGCAGCAGGAACAGCAGGAGCAGGAGCAGGAGCAGCAGGAGCAGCAGGAGCAGCAGGAGCAGCAGGAGCAGCAAGAGCAACAGGAGCAACAGGAGCAGCAGGAGCAGAGGAGGGGAUGUCUCUGUAGAGAGUAUUGGUAUAUCAGGGAAGGUGUCUCUAAAGAUAGGGGACUUUGGUAUAAGUAAAGUAAUGAGUGCAACACUAGGGGUGGCAACAACUGCUGUAGGGACACCUCAAUAUAUGUCUCCGGAGAUGUUAGAGUCGCGUCCUUAUAGUGUAAAGAGUGAUGUAUGGGCUCUUGGCUGUGUGCUGUAUGAACUGUGUACAUAUAGAAGUGCCUUUGCAGGAGAUUCAUUUUUUUCUCUUGUAUGGAUGAUUGCAUUCGCUCCUGUUGAACCCAUCAGCAGUGUAUAUACACCCCAUCUCUCCCGCCUCCUCUCCGCUAUGCUAGAGAAAGACCCCGCACGGAGGCCCACACCAGCAAACCUCUUGCGAGAUCCAUUCCUACAGGCAUUUGCAAACAGACACACCCACAAACUCUCACGAACACUCCAUCUUAACCAACUGCAGCAGCUGCAGCAGCAGGAGCAGCACCAACAUCAGCAGCAGCUAGAGAAAUGGACGACCACCCAAGGCGAAAAAAUACUCCAACAUCAAUACAUGCAACAAAACGAAACGGGCCAACAGCAACCUCCAACAGAAGGAGACAACAAACACCAACAGCCUCUUUCAGAUCUCUUCGACGUAGAUGACCUGAUGGACGGUGGCACUCAACAACAACAGCUGCAACACCAGCAACAGCUACAGCAGCAGCAGCAGCAGCAAGGAAAUGGUAUGCCACAUGUGCGAAGAGAAACAAGAAGCCCUUCGUUUGCUGCCUUUACUGAUGAGUACCUCCACGUCAUCCUCGGAAGAAUCGCAGAAAGGCUCGCCGACAACCCGUCCACUCUGCGGCUGCUACAGCAGGCGUGGGAGCAGACAGCAUAUUUUCCUGCGGAAACAUCCGUUGGGCAGGAAGAGGGGAGUGAUGCGCAUGCUUGUGCUGCUGCUGCUAAUGCUACUUCUGUCACCGCUGCUGCCUCCGUUGCUGCUGCUGCUGAUCCAGUCGCUGCUGGUAGCAACAAUAUGCAACAACAAAAGGGAGCGGCGGCAGAGACUGUCGCUUCUGAAAAUGAGGGAGUGAAAGAAAAAGAAGAAAACGCAAUACUUGCAAGAAAAUUGACUCUGGCAUGGCUGGAAGCCUUUGUAGAUUUGGCUACUGCCGAUGUCUCCCAAGUCGAAGUGGGCAUUGCCCUGCAGCAGCUGCAGGUGCAAUGCAUGACGCCAGUCCGGCUGAUGAAUGAGAGACACGUGGCCUACGAAGAGGCUCUUCAGUGGGCAGUGCAGGUCGUGAACUCCGCGACAGCCCCUGGGGACCCGCCAUCGCUGCCGCAGCAGCAGCAGCUAGGAGGACCCGAGGAAGCUGCCUCCCAGAAGUUAUCAGGGGUUGCAGCUCUUGAGGCGGCAUUUAAACUCUUCGGUACUCGGGUUUCCCAGGGUAUCAGCAGAAGGCACUUUCGGACCGUGUUGCAUUUGUGUCUGCCUUCGCUGCCAUCUCUGCUGCUGGACAAGGCCUAUCAGUUGGCCCCCAAAGAUAAGGCAGGGAACGUGAGGUUUACGCAAUGGCUGCAGCGGUUGGCCCUCAAAAGGCAGCAAGAAGACACCGCAGCAACAGAAGCAGCAAUUCCCUCCUCACGCACUCUUGCUGCCCCUCCAGCUGCCACCACUGACAACCCCAGCCUUGAUGCAGGUACUGCUGAUGUGGAUGACCAACGCCAGCCUUCCGAGGACUCAAUCAACAGAGCUAACCCAGCAACAGCAGGAUCCACAGCAGCAGAAAAUAUGAUAUCCCGCGCAGCAGCAGCUCCCCAAAGGCGUGCCGCAGCUGUCCUACCAUUGCAUUCUCCAGCAGCAGGCACAGCAGGAGGGGCAGCUGCAGCACCAGAAGCAGCACAGGAAGGGCCAGCAUCCAAAGCAUCCUCAAGCGCUACGGCAUGCUUGAUGGGUAGCAGCCUGAGUAACGAGCGACAGAAACGGCAGCCGCACUGGCGGCAGCAGCAACAGAACCAUGCAGAGGGGCAGCAGCUUCGGUACGGGAAGGCGGAGCAACGUAGGCAGUUGCAAGAGCAAACCGAACGAGCAACAGUGGAGCAGGAGCCCCAGAUGCGGCAUCUGCAACAGCAGCAACAGCAGCACAAAGUGCAGCAGGAGGGAGAAUCCAGCGAGCAGCAACACAAGCCUAGCGGGUAUAUUCACUCCACAGGGACUCCACAGCCAUUUGAAAUCAGCAGUAGCAAAGGCUGCGGCAGCAGCCCAGGAAGUAGCAGUAGCAGCGGCUGCAGCAGCAGUAGCACCAACAGUAGUAACAACAGUAGCAACAGCCGAGAAAACGGCAGCAGUAGUCUUGGGGAUUUAUUGGUAGAUGAAAAGUAUACAUGCACAUUUCCUAGCAACAAAGAAGGCCGCAGCAACUGCAGCAACAACAGCAACCACAACAGCAGUAACAACAGCAGGGAAUGGAAGAAGCAAGGGGGCCAACCAUCGCUGGCAGCAGCUUCAAUUUGUCCUUUUCCGGAUUAUUUCAUCAGUAGGUCGACGGAGGUACUCAGCAGUAGCUGCCUCUGUCGCCACCCGUCUUCGUGCCUGUCUUCGCAUCUGUCGUUGCAACCGGGUAGCAGCAGCACCAUCGGCGCCGGUAGCAAUAGCAACAGCAACGACAGCAGCAGCGACGUCUCAAACACCAGCAGAACCUCCCAAACACUCAUGCUAGCACAGUCCACGAAGCUUUUGCUGCACGAUCCAGAGCAGCUGCAGCAAAGCCUGCAGCACCAGCAGCAGAUGCCAAUGAAUCAGCAGCAGCAUCAGCAGCAUCUCCAGCAGCAACACCAGCAACAGCACCUGCUGUUGGCCCAUCAGGUCAAGGUUAUCCUUGAGCCUACGUCCACAGGAGAAAAUAUGCAGUCCCCGAAAGCUCCUGUUUUAGCUACAGCAGUUGACACUGCUGAUGGUGCUGCGCCACCCGCUGCUCCACCACCCGCUGCUGCUGCACCACCCGCUGGUGCUUCACCAUUACAUACUGCUGCUGCUCUGACUGUUGUUUCUUCCCAUGUUUCUGCUAAGUGUAGCUCGAUCCUUCUGCGCCUGCCCCCCGAUUCCCCUUCGUUGCGAGCUACAAAGGUUGCUGCUUCUUCUUCUCCUCUUCCUCCUCCUCUUGGCUGCUGUCCAAAUUCACCGCAACACAGACGGGCAGCCGUUGCAGCAAUUUCCGGACUAACAAGCAGCAGCGACGUGCAACAGCAGCAGCAGCUGGUGCAGCAGCAGCAGCAGCUUCCUCAGCAAGCGCAUGCGGCAUAUUCUGAACAAGGCGCAGACGCAGUAGGGGAAACUCGCUUGGUUCCUCUGGAUACGGUUCCUACUAGUGCGGCUGCUGCAGGUGAAGGUGCUGCUGCUCCGCCUUCCCCAGUAGUAACAGUGGAUGCACAUCACGCAGUACAGGUCUGUCUUAACGACGAUGCAGGGGGAUCCGCACCUGCUGCUGCUGCUGCUGCUGUCUCUUUGGGUGUUUCUGAGACCACGCACAGGUUUGACGAGGGUUCACAAGCUCCCCAGAAGCUGCAGCAGCAGCAGAGAUUGCAGCAAGAACAGCAGCAGGCGUCAGGGAGCAUUCAGAGUGCACAGCUAAACGACACUCUGGACGACCGCUGGUACCAGACGGGCAGCAACCGAGGGACCUGCUGCCGUCACCAGCACCGUAGCACCUGCAGCUACUGCAGUACCCGCUGCAGCAGAAACUGCAGCAGCAGCAGCAAUACUAGCUUCUAUAGGAGGAGGAGCAGCAGUGACAAGAGGCGGUGCAGCAGAAUACGGAGUCAACGAAGGGAUAGCUGCAGGCAGAUGCCAUUGUCCGAGGUCGAUGCGCAGCCCUGGAACCUGUGUGGCUCCUCGCAGCUGCAGCAAAAGCAACUUCUAUCCCUACUGCACAAGCAAAAUCAGCGGCAAUUUCAGAAUCAACAAGAACACCAGGAUGGGUUGGCGGAGGUGGAGGCUCGGGAGCAGCAGCAAACCAAACAGCGGCAGAUCCAGCAGAACCGGCCUGAGCAGGAACGGCAGCAAGAGGCAUGCACAGCCUCCCUUGUUGCUGGCGAAGCUGUGGGCAAUUCUGUCUGCAGCAGCGGAACCUGUAAAUCCUGCUGCAAAAGCAACAGUCUGAUUGCUGGUGGCUGCGGCCUAAAUGCCGCAGCUGCGGCGCCACAGCUAACCCUGUCGCUCCAGCAGGAGAUGCAGCAGGAAAUAAAACAGGAACCGCAGCGGAAGGUGCAGCAGCAGCUGCAGCAGGCAGUGCAGCAGGAGGUGCAGGAGCUACAGCUAUUGCAGCAUCCUCCAUUACAGACACAGGAGAACUUCGAUGGAGGUGUAUCCAUCUGCCCUCGAUCGCAAUGCCCGUGGCUGCCCCUCAGACCGCAGCAGCAACAGAGGGCCCAUGCGCCACAGCCGCAGUCGCAGCAGUGCCUACUCCCUCAGCAAGGGCUGAGGUUACAGCAACUGAAACACCCGGCGCAACAACCUCCAGUAUUCGGAGUUGAGACAGCUGAAAGCACCCCACUUUCUUUUGCUACUGCCCCUGGCCCUGCUCCUGCUGCAGGCGUAAAGAACCUGCAUCAAGCAGAGGCAUGGAGCUGCUGUUGCAGCACAACUGCCAGCAGCGGUCUGAGAGGUAGGCCUUCGACACCACUGAGUGCUUGCAGCAAAGCAGCAAACAUCUUUUCUCCUCAGACGGUUUGCUGCUCCCCCCAGAUAAUCUGGAGGUGCAGCAGCAGCAGCAGCAGCGGCAGCAGCAAUAGUUGCAGCUGUGGACAAGCAAAGGCUAUGUGCCUCUCUCAACAAAGUGGCACUCCCCCUUCUCCUCUGGUUGAGGGGCAGGCAGACCCUGCCGCGGUCGCUGCAGCAACCGUAGCAGCAGCGGUUGCUGCUGUAGCUGAGCUUCCAGUGGUCCAGCAGCUGCUGCUGCAGCUGCAGGCGGAGAGGUUGGCAUGCUGCAGCGCGGCAACAGACCUACACGAUGACUCCCUGCUGUGGUAUAGAGAGACCCAAGCAAUAACACGCGGCGUCCUUGCGUCGAUUGCAGCAGCAGCAGCAACAGCAACAACCGUCGCUACUGCCUCAGCAACACCACCUGAAUCUGCUGCUGCUAUUGCAGCACUUCAAAAUGUAGAUGCCUCCAACCAACAGCAACAGAAACAACUCUUUAGAGAAUGGGCCGCUGCAGCGGAGGUGUUACAGGCAGCAGCAACGCAGCAACUUGCUGUGUUGCGUGCACGGCAGCAGCGGCACAAACAAAAGAAGCAACAGCUUCCUCAGCUAGAGAAGCAGCAGCAGCAGCAUCGGUCUACAGCUGGUAGAUGCGAACGGCUAAAAGGAAACGGAGGAGACCCUGUAGCAGCAAAGGACAUGUGUGCUUUCACAGGUACAUCAGCAGCAACGGUAGAAAACGCGGCUGUGGCAGUGCAUCUAGAAGAGAGAUAUUUGUCCGUCAACGCUUCAAUUCAGGCCCGAGUUGUAUCUGCCGCAAGAUCGCUUCUCCCAUUCUGCCCAGAUGCUGAGGUGUACGUGCACCUGAUGCUGCUUCGUGAACAGCUGACGCGCGAAUUCGCUGUGGGGCUGCGGAUGGUAGCAGCAACAAAAACAACACCAGCGCCCCCCGCAGCGUCAGCAGCAGCUGCUGCAGCGGCUGCUGCUGCUGAGCGAGACGACAUGAGGUGUUUGUUGCAUGUGGUGGCCGAGAAGCGGCAGCUGCUCCAGCAGGUGCUGCAGCAGCUGGGGGCAGCGAAGCGGCAGCUGCUGCAGCAAAAUCCCGCCUUCCAGAGGCUUGCAGCAAUGGAAGAGGCUCUGUGGGGUGGGCGCGGUGUCAGCAGGAGCAGCUGGUUGUUUACUGCUGCUGCUGCUUUAGCGGCAAUUGACUGCCUUGCUGCAGAGGCGCUGCAGGAACUCUCAGCUGCCGUUCGCCGCAUGCGAAGGAGCUGUGAGGCCAUGCUGCUUCAGCAGUCCAGCACACAGCACCAACAGCAGCAGCACUGCCUACAGGGGCAGCUGGAGCACGAACAGCAGCUACUGCGUCCGCGGAGAAAUACUGCGCCAGCAGCAGCAGCUUCUGACGCUGUUACUGCUUCUGGCGGAACCCCAACAACAGGUAGUCCACACUUCGAGCUCCCUCCAAUCAAUUCUUUGUUCCCCAUGGCCUGGGGGCAGCAGCAGCAGCAGGCGCAGCAGCAACUGCAGCAGCAACAACUCCAGCAGCAGCUGUGUUGGCACGCGGCUUCAGAUCUCACAGCACCGCCAACAUCUACAGCAGCACCAGUAGCAGCUGGAGCAACGGGAGCUGGAGCACGCGCAGCAGGAGGAGGAGCAGCUGCCGGGCAGAAGAACUUGCUGCUGCAAGUGCCGAGCACCUGUGGAAGCCCCUUCGCGGCAGGCACCAGCUGCGGCUGCAACAGGAGCAGAACCAGCAACCACGGCGCGAACAGCAGUUGCAUUGCUAAUGCCAGCAGUGCUACUCGUUGCAAGAGUCAAAUCAGCAGAAGGGGCGGCAGUAGCAGCAGCAGCAACAACAGCAACAGCAGCAGUGGCUGCCUGCAAGCUCGGCGCAGGUGCACCAGCCCAACUGGCAGGUGGUGUGCAGCAGCCUCACCCGCCACUGCAGCAGCUGAAGCAGCUGCAGCAGUUGCUGCUACAGGCGAAAAUGAUGGGUUGUGCUGCAGCAGCAGGAGGCACUGCUCCAUGGUCACGCCUGCCCUGUCUCCUGUCCGGCAGCAGCAAGAGCAGUACAUGCAGCAUCGCCUGCAGCAGCAGCUGCAACAGCAACUACUGGUGCAAGGCCAGCAGCCACAUAGAAGCUUCGCCUGGCCGCACUUCCCGCACCAGUGCAGAGUUCUAGAACAGCAGCAACAACAGCGCAGUUGUGUAUUGCACCACACAGCUGGACAGUCGCCCAUCUUUGUGCGUCUUCAGGGGCAGCAGGAGCCGCAGGCUAACCUGCUGCCGGUGCCACAGGAACAGCAGCAGCAUCCUGCAGACCCAUCCGCAUUGUUCCGUGGCUCUGGAACCUUAGCGUUUGCUACCAACAGCGUGCAACAGCAACAGCACCACAACAGGGAGGAGCUGCUGCAGGCAGUGUUGCCACAGCAAGAACAACUACAGCAGCAGCAAUUGCAGCAGCAGCAACUGCAACAAAAACAACUGCAACAACAGCAACUCCAACAGCAUCAAAUGGAACAACAGCAGUUGCGGGAGCUUAACCAGCAACAGCAGCAGCUGUUGAUGCCACAACAAUACUAA